GCAUCCUAGCCUCCCGUCACAAGGCUGUGUCUAAGCAUUAACUACCUGUCCGCGCCUUGGAUGCUGUAAUCGAUUUUCUGGCUUCCUUUAACUUAAUUUUUACUCCGGCCUACGCAACAUGUCCGAGCCUAAUAAGAGUGGCCCCGAGGGGACACCGCGAAGGGCGAGAGCCCCUACUAUUACAAUUGAUACGACGAAUGAUACCGAACCUGCAGCCGCAGUUCCUCAGCAUUCACCCGUAUCCCCCCACGACGAGCCAAUAAGUCCGACAGCGCUAACUUCGAGUUGGGCAUCUGAAAAGACUACUGUCCCAUUAGCAUCUCAGUCGUCUAACUUGAGUAUUAAGGGGGAGUCUCGGCCGAGCCAUUCUUUUGAUAGUGCUAGAGAUAGCCGGCCAACUAGCCCUCAUAAUGUUUCCAGUCCAGUAACCUCGAGGGGAACCGAAAAGGGACAAGCUUUUCUUUCUGUGCCGGACCACCAUCGUUCGAGACAGAACUCAGUCGAUAGCGAAGAUGGAUCACGAUCGAUCAGUUCCUCGCAAGGUGACACCGUAACGGCGUCAUGGCAAGGCGAGAGGAGCACGACGACGAAGCAAUCAUUCGACAACGAGAAAAUUAUGAAGGACGAGAAUGCCUUAAAGCCGGAUCAAGGCAAGGAAGCUGAUUUCGAGGUGGAGAACAACCCUUUUGCGUACAGCCCAGGCCAACUUACGAAGAUGUUCGACCCAAAGAGUCUCUCUGCUUUUUAUCAACUAGGAGGACUUGCCGGAAUGGAAAAGGGGCUCCGUACUAAUCGCGACACUGGCUUGAGCCCGGAUGAGAAGCAUUUAGAUGGGAAGGUCUCAUUUGAACAAGCGACGAACCGAACACCAUCCAAGUUGCUUAAUGAAGGGGUAGAGAGCCCACAGACACCAGUUGUCCGGUCAGAUACCGCGCGUGGACACGGAUCUGACGAGGCCUUUUUCGACAGGAAACGCGUUUACGGAGAUAAUCGAAUUCCCGAAAAGAAAGGCAAGAGCUUUUUACAAUUGGUCUGGAUUACUUACAAUGACAAGGUCUUGAUCCUGCUUUCCGUUGCCGCUAUCGUGUCACUUGCUGUCGGGUUGUACCAAACGUUCGGUGGAGAACACCCGGAUGGGGAGCCAUCCGUUGAAUGGAUCGAAGGUGUAGCUAUUAUUGCGGCCAUUGUCAUUGUCGUGCUUGUUGGAUCUCUAAAUGAUUGGCAAAAGGAGAGACAGUUCGCCAAACUCAACAGGAAGAAGCAGGACCGAGUCGUCAAGGUAAUCCGCGCGGGACAUACCGUCGAGAUUUCGAUUUACGAUCUUUUAGCUGGCGACGUAGUCCACCUAGAACCUGGUGAUCUCAUUCCCGUUGAUGGUGUCCUCAUCCAAGGUUUCAAUGUGAAGUGCGACGAAUCUCAAGCGACAGGUGAAUCGGAUGUCCUCCGCAAGAGACCUGCCGAUGACGUGUUUGCCGCGAUUGAGAACGGUGAGGAUACGAGGAAGCUGGAUCCCUUCAUUCAAUCUGGAGGCAGAGUAAUGGAGGGUGUAGGUACAUUCCUCGCAACGACAACCGGUAUUCAUUCAAGUUACGGCAAGACCAUGAUGUCUCUUAGCGAAGACCCUGAGAUCACCCCGCUCCAAUCCAAGCUCAACGUUAUCGCCGAAUAUAUCGCAAAGCUAGGAGGUGCCGCCGGUUUACUCCUGUUUAUCGUUCUCUUUAUCAUGUUCCUGGUCCGCCUCCCUUCGAAUUAUUGGCUAUCACCUUCCCAGAAAGGCCAGCAGUUUAUCAAUAUCUUCAUCGUCGUGGUCACUAUUAUCGUCGUCGCGGUACCCGAGGGCUUGCCCCUUGCGGUCACGCUAGCGUUAGCUUUCGCCACCAACCGUAUGAUUAAGGACAACAACUUGGUGAGGCACUUGAAAGCUUGUGAGGUUAUGGGGAAUGCGACAACUAUCUGCUCUGACAAAACCGGUACCUUAACACAAAACAAGAUGACUGUUGUUGCGGGAACGAUUGGUAUCUCUCAUCGAUUUGGAAGCGGAAUAUCGAAGGAGGAAGAAGAAAAAGGACGGAGUGAGCCGACGGAAAAGGAAUUUGCUAGUACUCUCAGCAAGCCGACUCAAGAAAUCCUGCUCAAGUCUAUCUCUCUAAACUCCACGGCCUUCGAAGGUGAUCUAGACGGAGUCAAAACAUUCAUUGGAUCGAAGACGGAAACCGCGCUAUUAGAAUAUGCAAAGGCCUAUCUUGGUAUGGGACCCGUAAGCGAGGAGCGAUCGAAUGCGAAAAUAUUACAGCUUAUCCCGUUCGACUCUGGCCGAAAGUGCAUGGGCAUAGUAGUUCAACUUGAUAACGGUACAGCUCGCUUGUUCGUCAAGGGAGCUUCGGAGAUUGUCCUUGGUAAAUGCACAGCGAUCCUUCGCGACCCUACUCGAGACGCAUCAAGCACUGGUAUGAGCAUCGACGACACGGAACAGAUUAAAGGUCUCAUUGAAAAUUAUGCAUCUCGGUCUUUACGAACUAUUGGAAUUGCCUACCGCGAUUUUGAGAGAUGGCCUCCACGCAACACCAGACGCGCCGAAGGAAGCCAAAAUGAGGUCAUCUUCGAGGAUGUUUUCAAGCAGAUGGUGUUUAUUGGCAUGGUGGGUAUCCAAGAUCCUCUUCGCGAAGGUGUCCCCGAGGCGGUUAAACAAUGCCAGAGAGCUGGCGUGGUUGUCCGCAUGGUUACCGGUGACAACAAACUUACGGCUCAGGCUAUCGCGAAGGAGUGUGGCAUUCUACAACAACCGGACGCACUUGUAAUGGAAGGUCCGGAAUUCCGCAAUCUUAGCAAGCACAGACAGAACGAAAUCAUUCCGCGACUUCGUGUACUGGCACGUUCUAGCCCCGAAGAUAAACGAAUUCUAGUGCGUCGCCUUAAGGAUUUGGGUGAGACCGUUGCUGUCACAGGCGACGGAACGAACGACGCACCCGCUUUGAAGUUGGCAGAUGUAGGAUUUUCUAUGGGCAUUGCCGGUACCGAGGUGGCGAAAGAGGCAUCCGCCAUUAUCCUUAUGGACGACAAUUUCACCAGUAUUGUGAAGGCUUUGAAAUGGGGUCGCGCUGUCAACGACGCUGUGAAGCGAUUCCUACAAUUUCAGCUUACCGUCAACGUAACUGCUGUCGUAUUGACUUUUGUCACUGCCGUCUCCAGCGAUGAUGAAGGCUCCGUACUCACGGCAGUCCAGCUUCUAUGGGUUAACUUGAUCAUGGAUACUCUCGCAGCACUUGCACUCGCUACCGAUCCCCCUCAAGAUAGUUGCUUAGACCGAAAGCCAGAACCAAGAGGUUCUAGCAUCAUCUCGAUUACGAUGUGGAAGAUGAUCCUCGGUCAGGCAAUUUACCAGUUGGCAAUUACCUUCAUACUCUACUAUGCUGCGGAAACUAUCGGUAUAGUUGACGAAAUCACACGACGUGAUACCCUAGUUUUUAACACCUUCGUAUGGAUGCAGAUCUUCAACCAAUGGAACAAUCGUCGGCUGGACAACCAGUUCAACAUUUUCGAAGGCUUAUUGCAGAAUUGGUACUUCAUCGCCAUCAACCUGGCGGUGUCCGGUGCCCAGGUUCUUAUCAUUUUCGUUGGCGGGACUCCAUUUAGCAUAUCUGGGCAAGACCCGCCACAGACGUCUGCCCAAUGGGGUUGUGCAAUCGUUCUCGGUUUCAUUUCUAUACCCGUUGGCGUCAUUAUCCGUUUGAUCCCAGAUGAAUUGAUUAGGAAGUGUAUUCCUGCAUCGCUAAGGAAGAAGCGUGGUAUUCCCGGAUUGACAAUCUCGGACGAGGAGCGCUUCAAUGACUAUCCUGAGGUCCUUGCUGAUGUUAGAGAUGAGCUUGCGUUCCUCAAGAAACUCAAGGGUGGUCGUCUUAACAAUUUGAAAUUCGCCGUCAAACAUCCUCGCGAGACCUUUAUCUCGAAGACGAGAAGUCCGUCUCACUCACGAUCAAACUCGAUUAGGGUGCCACAGACCCCGACACGCGAAGAUAGUUUCAGCUCUCCCUCGCCAGCUCCCACACCUGAUUCCAGAAAACGUUCUAGGUCUAUGAGAUCGCGGUCGAACUCGGCAUUAGGUGCCCCUACGGUUAUGGCUGGUAUUAUUGCUGGUAGCGUGGCAGCAGGAUGGUCUCCUAUCGAGAGGACUGGAGACCGUGACUUCAUGCAACCCCCUCGCCCAUCACCUUCGCCGUUGUCGAAUCGAGACAAUAGUGAUCUAGAGCCGGCGCCAAUCCUAACGGAAGAACCUGCACAAAUUCAAGACCUCGGCUCGUCUACCGUACCCCGGCUCAGCGUCCCCCAUCCACCCCAAAAGCAAAAGUCUAUUUCUUAGGUGGUGUGAAGGAUUCUUUUGUCUGGAUCAACCAAGCUCGACUGCACCUGAUACAAAGACAUGCAGAGGCAGCGAGAACAUACGCACGAAGAGCGAGCGAAG